AUGCUGGUUGAUAUCUCCGUUUACGAUCAUGCGCAAACUGGCGAGGAAUUCCUGGGCCACGUUGACUUCCAGGCCAACAGCUCGGAGAAGGAAGGUCCUGUCCGCGGCUGGUUCCCUCUGCGCGGUCACGCUGAUACCAUUGCCGAAAACACACCCACCGGCGAAGUGUAUGUCGAAGCUUUCUACCAGCGGACCGAGCGCAAGCACUACGGACCGGACGACUUUGAGAUCCUGCGUUUGAUCGGCAAAGGCACGUUUGGUCAAGUGUACCAGGUUCGCAAGAAGGACACCCACCGGAUCUAUGCGAUGAAGGUACUCUCCAAGAAAAAGAUUGUACAGAAGAAGGAGGUUGCCCACACCGUCGGUGAGCGGAACAUUCUUGUCCGUACUGCGACGUCGGACUCGCCAUUUAUCGUCGGUCUCAAGUUCUCGUUCCAGACGCCAUCUGACCUGUACCUGGUCACCGACUAUAUGUCCGGCGGUGAGCUCUUCUGGCACUUGCAAAAGGAGGGACGUUUCGAGGAGGGCCGUGCCAAGUUCUACAUUGCGGAGCUGAUUCUGGCAAUCGAGCAUCUACACAACAACAACAUCGUGUACCGUGAUCUUAAGCCGGAGAACAUUCUGCUGGACGCCAAUGGCCACAUUGCCCUGUGCGACUUUGGGCUGUCGAAGGCCAACCUGACCAAGAACGACACCACCAACACCUUCUGCGGAACGACCGAGUACCUUGCACCGGAAGUCCUGCUGGACGAGGCCGGCUACACGAAGAUGGUCGAUUUUUGGUCGUUGGGUGUGCUCGUGUUCGAAAUGUGUUGUGGAUGGAGCCCUUUCUAUGCCGAGGAUACGCAGCAAAUGUACAAGAACAUUGCUUUUGGCAAGGUCCGGUUCCCGAAGGACACUCUCUCGGCAGAGGGCCGGAGUUUCGUCAAGGGCUUGCUGAACCGCAACCCAAAACACCGUCUUGGUGCCACCAAAGAUGCCGCCGAAUUGAUGGAGCACCCCUUCUUCCGGGACAUCGACUGGGACGCACUGUCGAAGAAGCUGAUCACGCCGCCUUUCAAGCCGAAAUUGAAGUCGGACACGGAUGUGUCGUACUUUGACCCCAUCUUUACCGACGCCAUGGACAAGAGCGGCUCUCUUAACGAGCGCGCCGCUGCUCUGGCCCGUGGUAUCGCCACAUCCACCCCGCUGUCGCCGUCGAUGCAGGCGAACUUCCAGGGCUUCACGUUUGUGGAUGAGAGCGCUCUAGAAGACAACAUGAGGGGCCGUCCGUCGUACAACAAUGACGAUUUUGACGAUGACAUGCACGAUGCUGGCAACUCGUACCACAAUUCACAUGGUGGUCACAAGGACGACGAGUGGGACGAUAUCAACGACAUCGAUCCGAGAAAUGCUAACCGCAUGAGCGGCAUCGUUCGGACAACAAACGACGAACACAUGUUUGGGGAUACUCACUUUGACAUGUAG